AUGCGAGAGAGAAAAUGUGAGAGAAAAAAGCAAACCUUGAAUCAAGAUCUUACCGUCGUGACCCGAUCAAUCUGGCUCGCCCUCCUGUUGGACUGGUUCCUUCAGAAAGCUUCUUCGAGGGUCAAAAUUCUGCGAGUUCGACAUCCUUGCCUACAACGUAUGGAAAGUAUGCGAGAGAAAAAGCCAACCCACGUCAUUACUUCAGCCUCAAGCUAUCCAGCUGAUGAGAGAGAUGUGCCUUUGUACCACAAUAUCAUUGCGCUCCCACAGCCCCCCAUUCCGUGGAUGGCGGCGGACGGAGAGUUUUGA